CGCAAGGGCGGGUUGCGACGCCCACAUCGAACCGGCGGCAAUCCCUGGGAACCGCCUAGAUUGGGACUAGCCCCUGAUCUGAAACGGGCGCCUUCAGUCGAUUCGAACCCGACGUCUGUCGUUUCGAACCUCUUCCGUUGGACCCCCUUCUCAAGUGGCCUCAUCCAGCUCGUGAUAUCUCAGCCUUUUUAUUUUGCCAUUUUUUAUUUUGCUGUUCUCACUUUGUUUCUACCUCCUCCCUGUUCGCGCCCUAUUAAUUUCUGUUCCCGUCUUUUUCCAGCUCCCUCUCUUCUGGAACAUCGCAACCCCCGAAUAGUUUGUCCCGCAGCGCAGGUCAAACCAGUUUUCCUUCUUUCUUUUCUCUUUCCCAAGCCAACACGUCCGGCACGUCUUCCGCUCGUCGCGCGCCCCCUUCGAUACCCCCCGCUCAACAACGACAACAACCCACGACAACAAAAUGGGUCAGUUCGACUGGUUUCUCUCCAUCGGCGCCACGCCCCAGGCCGUCGCCGUCCUCAACGACCAGCCCAUCCUCUUCACCAUCCUGCUCGUCGUCCUCGUCGCCGUCAUCCUGCAGAUCACCCUGAUCUGGUACAUCCACCACGCCACCCUCAAGCCCGAGCAGAUGAAGAAGAAGGAGAAGAAGGGCGCCGCCCCGGCGGCCAGGGGCGGGAAGCCUCCCGCCGCGAGAUAAACAAAAAACAAACACCCACCCCGGGCCGGACGGAGCGAGAGUCGACUAGGAGAGAGGAGAGAGAGAGAGAGAGAGGGUACAAAAGGGGGAGAGAGGAAGGGAAGGAGUUGCUCCGGCUCCGGCUCACCCAAACGACAGCAACAGAACCCCCAAACGACGGUACCGAACCGCUUCGCCCCCCCUACUUUCGCAACCUCUCUUGCGACGCGAAAAGAGCCAUCGCGGAAGCGCAUCGGAUGUCCGCCACGACUGCGCGGGAGGGAGGCAUGUGUCCUGUUCGUGAUUCGCGCCAACACACCGCGGGCGGAACCAACUCCCUGACCUGGACAGACAUUCUCUCCCUCUCGGCUCCACCGACCUAGAUGGUGAGACUCGAGGCAUAUCAGCGACUUGGCUUUGAUUUCAUUUCUUGGUGUAUUUAUUCAUCUUGUUUUCGGUUCAAAUGCGUCAUCUAAACACCUUGCCUAUGGGGCACAGCCCGUAUCCGUGGUUUUGUUUCUUGCUUUCUUCAUUUACAGCGUCAUCGCGUCGAGCAGUGAACGGCGCAAGCUGCCGUUAGUCAAUUGAGAUCUACAUCCUUUCCCAAUA